CACUUUGUUGCAGUCUGCACCAGAGAGGCCGGGGGCCCAGGACCAGGGAACAACAGGUGGAGAGAAAGGAAGACAGACAGAAAGAGGGAGAGAAGAGGGGAGAGAGGCAGCUCCUCUACUCUCUGCAGAACCCGGCUACUGCUCCUGCUGCUCCUGCUGCUCCUGCUGCUGCCUUUUCCAGUCACCAUGAGUUAUUACGGGUCACAGCAGGGGCUGAACGUGAGCCGCAGGGCCGGCUCUAAAAGCGACUUGACCACCGGGGGGACCUACCCUUACUCCCGGAGCGAGAUCCUGCAAGGAGGCGGUAAUGGAUACGACCAGUACAUGGACGGAUUCAAGUCCGUCUCCUAUUCAAGGUCAAGUAAAGGAGGAAUGGUCAGCACCAUGCCAGGCGGGAUGUCGGGCGGAAUGGUCACCGGAAUGUCGGGGGGAAUGGUCGGGAUGCCAGGUGGGAUGGUCAGCACCAUGCCAGGCGGAAUGUCAGGCGGAAUGGUCUCCGGAAUGUCAGGUGGAAUGGUCUCCGGAAUGUCAGGUGGAAUGGUCAGCGGGAUGUCAGGCGGAAUGGUCAGCGGGAUGUCAGGUGGAAUGGUCAGCGGGAUGUCAGGUGGAAUGAGUGGUGGCUCCAACCUCAGCAUCAUCCACCAGAGGGCCAUGAACCUGCAGGCCCAGUGCCAGGAGUACCUGAAAAAAGCUGAAUACGCCCUUCAGUCUGGCGGCGCCUCAGGUGAGGCAGAGCGCUACAUGGUCAUGGCCAAAGAAACCAUCGAGCAGCUGAAGAGCUGCGCACUCGACCUGAGACAUAUGGGACAGCCCAACGACAAAGUGGUCAGGACUGUGGAGCUGUGUAAAGACCAGCUAAAGGGCGUCCACAUGGCAAUCACAGGCUCCAUGAGGAGGAGGAGCACCAGAGGAAGCUCCGGCGGCGGCUGGGAGGAGCCUGGAAGGAGCUUCCAUGAUGCUCUGGGCUGGAUUGCGCAGCAAAAGCGUCUGAUCGAGACGGCUUUGUGGGGAGACGACCCCGCCGCCAUCCAGCAGCAGCUCAACAGCCACCAGAACUUCCACAGUUCCAUCCAGAGGAGCACGGAGGUGGACCGAGCCAGGGACGACCUGGUGAAGAAAGGAGACAAAGGAAACCUUCACGCUCUGGAGCAGGAGUGGGACAGUCUCCAGCAAAUGUCGUUCGGUCGGACGGAGCAGCUGCAGGAGCUGCUGCAGGUCCUGCAGGACAUCUCCAAAGAGAUCAUGUGGGUGAACGACAGGGAGGAGGAGGAGCUGGUGUUCGACUGGGGAGACAAGAACAUCGAGCAGUACAUCCCCAGGAAGCAGGAGAGCUACUCGAAACUGAUGAGCUCCCUGGAAGCCAAAGAGAAGGACCUGAACAAACUGAAAUCCAGAGUGGACACGCUCCUGAAGAACAAUCACCCCGCCUCAGAGAAGAUCGAGGCUUACCAAGACACCUUACAGACUCAGUGGAGUUGGCUUCUUCAGAUCACCAAAUGUAUCGACACUCAUCUGAAGGAGAAUGCAGCUUACAGCCAGUUCUUCAGAGAGGCCAACGAGACGUACAGCUCUCUGCAGAAGGAGCACGAGAAUGUUCGUAAGAAGUUCACUUGUGAUAAGAACACGUCUCUGGAGAACCUCCUGGACCUCCUCAAGGAACUGGAGAGGGAGAGGGAGAGGAUCAUGGACAACAAGAGACAGGUUCAACACGUGGUCAACAAGUCAAAGAGCAUCGUGAGACUGAAACCCAGGAACCCUGAGGAGAAGAGCAGCAGCCACCUCAUCGUCAAGGCUCUGUGUGACUUCAAACAAGACCAGAAAUUGAUCCAUAAGGGCGACGAGGCCAUUCUGAAGGACAACAGUCAGCGCAGCAAGUGGCACGUGACUGGCCCCGGAGGACUGGACAUGUUGGUGCCGUCCGUGUGUCUGAUCAUACCUCCACCCAAUCCUCUCUGUGUCAGCCUGGCUAACAAGAACGAUCAGUACUACGAGGCCAUCCUGUCCAUCUGGAAUCAGCUGUACAUCAACGUCAAGAGUCUCAUCGCCUGGCAGUUCUGUCUCAUGGAUAUCAGUCGCAUCAAGUCCCUCACCAUGUCCAUGCUGAUCAAGAUGCGUCCUGAAGAGUAUCACCAAAUUAUCAAGAGCCUGGAGUCUCACUACGAGGAGUUCAAACGGACGUCCCACGGCUCGCAGAUGUUUGCCGACGACGACAAGAGGGGCAUCGAGAACCAGUUCUCUGAGGCUCAGACCCACUACAACCAGCUGGUGGUGCAGCUGCCGACGUACAUCGUACAAUAUCAGCAAGAAGAAGCAAGACAAGCGGCCGACCAGCAAAAUCAGCUGAUCAUAAUACAGCAGCAGCAGCAGCAAGAUGCCGCCGACGCGGAGGCCAGGAGGCUGGAGGAAGAAAGAUACAGGUCGGAGCGGAAGAGGUUGGCGGAGAAGAAAGUGACCACAAAGAAAGAGCACGUGAUCAAGAAGGAGGUGGCGAACGUGAACAAGACGGAGCCGGCGAAGAGGAAAGUGCUGUCGCCAAGUCCCUCAUCGAGCCGCAGCUUAUCAGAGCUGCACACCCUGAGACUGAGGCUGGAGGACGCCGAGGGUUCGCUGAGUCAGCAUGUCCACAUCUGUCUGGGAGAGGAAGGCAUGCACGACUGCGGCCUCAGAAUCACACAGUUAGAGAUGACGCAGAGCGACAUUGACGCAAUUCGCCAGGAGUUCCUACAUCUGAGGGAGCAAAUCCUGAGGGAACUGGAGGGCAUGAGUGAUCCAGAUAAAGCCCAGUUCCUCCGCAGCGAGCUCAGCAUCAUCGACCAAAGACUGGGCGGCCUGGAGGGCAGCUCUUCUGCUUACCUGCAGAGGCUGCGGGCCCUCAGGGACAUGCUGGAGAGCGUGGCACGAGCCGAGGACAUCGUGAAAGUCCACGAAGCGAGACUGACGGAGAAAGAGACCGCGUCUCUGUCCCCGAGAGAGGUGGAGGAUUAUAUUCUGGCCCUGAAGAACGUUAAAGCAGAGUUGGAUCAGAAGAAGGAUCUUCUGGCCUCCAUGGAGGCGGAGCUUUCCAACGUCAGCCACUGGAAUGGCCAGGUGGGCGGAGCCUUCAACAGGUGUGACAUGGUGAUGUCAAAGUACAGAGACCAGGUGGGACUGCUCUCAGAUCGCUGGAGACGGAUCCAGGGACAGAUGGACACCAGACUCCAGGAUCUGCAGCUGUAUCUGCCUCAGCUUCAACAUUACAAAAAGAGCAGCUCGUCCCUCAGUGAAUGGAUCGAUGCCACGCGCAAAAAGCAGGACGUCCUGCAGUCCACUAAGAUAGACAGCGUCCACACACUGAAACAGCACAUCACCAACCAGAAGGAACUGAACUCAGAAAUUAAAGCGAGGAGGGAGGUGUUGGAGAGCGUGCUGAAGGACAACGAGGCCUGUGUGAACUCCGUCAAGGAUUAUGAAAUGUACCUGGCCUCUUACACAUCUGGUUUAGAGACUUUGCUCAACAUCCCCAUCAAGAGGACGAUGUUGAGAUCCCCAACAAUGGAUCUCAGUCAGGAGGCGACACAACUCCAGACCCGCUACAUGGAGCUGCUGACCCAGUCCGGUGACUAUUAUCGCUUCCUGGGAGAUUUGCUCAAAAACAUGGAGGAGCUAAAGAUGCGUAACACCAGGAUUGACUUGUUGGAGGAGGAGCUUCGUCUUCUGAGGGAAGACAUCCAAGACCGCAAUAGCAAGAACAAAUCACUGGAAGAUGCCGUUGCCCGGUACCAGCUGGAGCUGUCCCAGUCCCAGAACCAGCUGCUGUCCAUGGAGGAGGUGAAACGGCACACGGCUCUGCAGACCAGCGCCACCAAGGAAAGCCUUGAUUCCACUCACAACCAGCUGGCAGACCUCAACGAUCAGGUGGCACGACUCAACUACCUGCUUGAGGAGGAAAAGAUGAAGAGGAGGCUGGCAGAGGAGCGCUACUCCCAGCAGAAGGAGGAGUUUGAAUCAGUGCUGAGGAAGAGGCAGAAGGAGUUAGAAACAGUCAGCUGGUCCAAGGUGGAGAUGGAGAAGAGUGUGGUCGGUAAGGAUAACGAGAUUGAGCAGUUGCGGCGGCAGCUGGCCGACGAAGCAGCGAGAAAUAAGGAGCUGCAGAGAGAGAUGUCAAAGGUAAGGAGCCAAUGCAGCAAUGAGAUCAGUAACCUAAAGCUGAGCUACGAAUCCCAGAUCCAUGUGAGUCGCACAGACGUUCAGAAACUUGCAACUCAGAGGGAGGAGGAUACAGCUGAGCUCCAGCUGCAGUGUGAAAGGGUGGAGGCCGAGAGGAGGGAUUUGGAGGAGGAGCUCAGGAGGCUCAGGAUGUCUCUCAGCCAAGCUGAGGAGCAGAAACUUAGGGCAGAGGAGGAAACUCACAGUCAGCGUAUUGUCAUCACGGAGGAAGGGCGUAGGAGGAGAGAGCUGGAAAGUCAGGUGGAGGAGCUGAUGAGGCAGAGUGACCAGGACAGCAACCAGUACAAAGAAGAGCUGGCUGAGGUCAUGAACGCCCUGCAGGAGAAGAGCGAGCAGCUGGCCUAUGUCACACAUAGUCUAGAGGAGGAGACGCGCAGGAGAAAAACCAUAGAGGAAGGGCAAGUUGUACUUGAACAGAGUCUGACUCAGUUACAGGUCAAGUUAACGAAUUCAUCAAUAACUGCAACGCAGGUGAAGGAGUUUGAGGUGGAGCUUGAGACGACACGUUUAGAGCUGGAGAGGGAACGGAAGGAGAGAAGCAGAGUAGAACAAAACGUGAGCAGGUUACAGGGACGUAUCAAGGACCUUCAGACCGUGAGAGAUGAGCUGGAGAGCCAGGUGGAGAAUCUGAGGAUGACCAUCCAGGAGGAAGUGGCUAGAAGAAGUCACGCAGAAGCAGAGCUGGAAAAAACGACCAUGACAAUGACAGAGUACACAAGCACUAUCUGUGCACUCCGCCAGAGUCAAGAGCAGGCCAGCACGUCAGGAAAGAGAGGUGAAGAAGAGCGACGCAUGUUGCAGGAGGAGCUGGAGAGAAGCCUGAAGCAAAGCAAUACCUACGCAGAGCACGCGACACAGCUGAGUGCUGAGCUGAAGGCUCUGCAGCAACAACUACUGCAGGAGCAGACCAGAGUCACAGAGGCAAACCUCAGGAAUGAAGGACUUUACAAAACUAUUGAAGAGAAGAUUGAAGCCCUGAAUGUGAACUCUGCUGAGUUUCGAAGGCUUAAGGAGGAGACAGAAAUACAGACCAAACAUAGGCUGAGGCUGGAGGAGGAGCUCAGGACAGCACGACAUGAACAUGAGAAACUCAUGAGAUCUAAACAGGGAAGUGAUGACGAGCUGUCCUCCCAGAUCACUGCCUUGGACCUGCAGCUUCAGGCCAGUGAGCGCAGCAACAAAGAGUACCGUAACUUGAUCUCCGAGCUCUCCUCGGAGAGGGAGAAACUCAAGCUGGAGACAGAGAGGUUUCAAAAGCAGGCCACUGAGAUGACAGCCAUGGUGCAGUCCACUCAGUCACAGUACAGUGAGAUUGUUAAGGAGAGGGAUGCUCUGUUGCUGAAAUUUCAGUAUUCUGAAAAGGACAAAGAUAGCUCCCAAAUGCUGGAGGAGGAACUCACUCGUAUUAAACUGUCCCUAGAUUCUGAGAUCCGCAAUAAACAACAUCUACAGGAGGAGAACGAAAAGGUGAAGAGAGAUUUAAGUUACUGGAAGGACCAGUAUGAAAGCAAACAGAGCCUGAUGAGACAACACGACACAGACAAGGAGCGUAUGGAGAGAGAAAAUUACUCUUUAAAAAAUGAAAUUGACAGGCUGAUGAGGGAACUCAGGGAACUUGAGGAGACCAAUAAAAGCAGGGUGGCAGCCAUUCAGAAAGAACUGCAAGAAGUGACCACUGUCAGAAAAACCAUGGAGAAUGAGCUUAAAAGUGUUAGAGAGCCACCAACUUUGGAUGCAUCGACUGUGACUUUUGAUGGAGUCCGCAAACCAGUCACAGCAAAGCAGCUGCUUGACUGUGGUGUAUUAGACAAACCAAUAUUUAACCAGCUUGUGAAAGGGCAUAAGACUGUCCCUGAGGUGUCUGAGGACAAAAAAGUCAGUCUUAAAGGGACAGGCCCAAUUGCUGGUGUGGUCGUUGAAGGUCCAAAAGGUCCAGGUUCCAUUAGUGGACCGUGCUUCAAAAUGACUUUCACUGAAGCGAAGGCACAAAAUCUCCUGCCGCCAGACAGUGUUGGCCUGCUCCUGGAUGCUCAGGCUGCUACCGGCCACAUCAUUGAUCCGAGGUCUAAUCAAAAGUUGACUGUUGAAGAGGCGUGUAAUCAGGGUGUAGUUGAUGAAGAGGACAGGGAGAGGUUGUCAGCAGCAGAAGCUGCAGCUGUAGGGUAUAGAGGUCCUGGCACAGGCAAACCCCUCUCAGUAUUUCAGGCCAUGAAGAAAGGACUGAUUGACAAGAACACAACAUUGCGUUUGCUACAAGCCCAGGAGUCUGUGGGAGGCAUUCUAGAUCCCAUAGUCAGUGUGUUCCUUCCAAAAGACAUGGCCAUGGAGCGUGAUCUAUUUGAUGAUGACAUAGAUCGUGCUUUGAAUAAAAAACCUAAGCUCUACCUGGACCCAGAGAGUGAGGAGGGUGUAACUUAUAUGUCAAUGAAGAGGAAAUGUAAGGUAGAGCUAAACACAGGUCUUCUGCUUCUUCCCGUUUCUGCCGCAACAGACCCCUCCAAACUUGUCUUUGAUGGUGUCCGAAAAACCGUCACAGCCAAACAGCUGCAUGAUUGUGGUGUCUUGGACAAGCCAACAUUUAAAGAUCUCCAAAAUGGCAAGAAAGCUGUAGAAGAGGUGUCAGUAGACAAAAGUGUCAUUCUAAAGGGGACUGGACCCAUUGCUGGGAUUGUAGUGGGGAGUUACGGCAAAAUGUCAUUAACAGAAGCUAAGAAACAAAUGUUUCUUCCUGUUGAUUGUGCAGAUUUGCUUCUAGAAGCACAGGCUGCCACAGGCCACAUCAUAGACCCCAUAAACAAUCAGAAGCUGACAGUUGAUGAGGCAUGCACCAGAGGGGUGGUUGAUAUUAGAGAUCGAGACAAAUUAUUGGCAGCAGAGGCUGCUGCUGUAGGAUACAAGGAGUCUACCAAACCCAAGCCUCUGUCUGUGUUUGAGGCCAUUAAGAAGGGGCUAAUUGAUAAGAAAACUGGACUACGCCACCUGCAGGCCCAGGAGUCAGUUGGAGGAAUUUUAGAUCCCAAUCUUAGCGUUUUCCUACCAAAAGACACUGCAAUUAAGCGCAACCUUUUAGAUGAAAACCUCCAAUAUGCGCUAAACAGGAAUUCUACUUGUUUUCUUGACCCAGAAACUGAGCAAGAGGUCAGCUAUGGGUCAUUGAAAAAAAUAUGCAAGACAGAACCACACACAGGUUUACUACUUUUGCCAGUCACUGAGAAGCUCGACCCUUCCCAACUCAUAUUUGAUGGUGUACGCAAGUCAGUAACAGCACAACAGUUGCUUGAUUGUGGAGUCCUGGACAAACGAACAUUCAACCAGCUAAUAAAGGGUGAGAAAACAGUCCCAGAGGUGUCUUUGGAUAAGAAGAUCUUUCUAAAAGGGACAGGAUCGAUUGCUGGUGUGGCAGCUGGUCCUCUAGGGAAGAUGUUGUUAUCAGAGGCAAAGAAACAGAUGCUCAUGCCCACAGAUAGUGCAGAUUUGCUCCUGGAUGCUCAGGCGGCCACAGGCCACAUAAUAGACACCACAACCAAUCAGAAGUUGACAGUAGAGGAAGCAUGUGCCAUAGGAGUGGUCGACAAUAGGGAUCGAGAUAGACUCUUGGUAGCUGAGGCUGCUGCUGUAGGGUACCGUGAUCCAACCACAGGUAAGCCUCUUUCUGUGUCUGAGGCGAUCAAGAAGGGAUUAAUUGACAAGAAGACUGGGCUUCGCCUGCUGCAGGCCCAAGAGUCUGCAGGGGGCAUUCUAGAUCCCAACCUCAGUGUAUUCCUCCCUAGAGAAACUGCUAUAAAGCGCAAACUUUUGGAUACAGACCUAUGUUAUGGACUAGACCAUAGUGCUAAGUAUUAUGUUGACCCAGACACUGAGUGUGAUGUUAGCUAUGGGGCGUUAAAGAAAAAAUCCAAAACAGAGUCACACACAGGCUUGAUUCUUCUGCCAAUCAUAGAGAGGAAGGACCCCUCUAAACUAAUGUUUGAAGGAGUCCGAAAGCCAGUCUCAGCAAAGCAGUUGUUCGAUUGCGGAGUCCUUGACAAGCCAACAUUUAACCAGCUAAUGAAAGGGGAGAAAACUGUUCAAAUGGUUUCGCGUGAAAAGAUGGUCUACUUGAAGGGCACUGGAGCAAUUUCUGGGGUGGUAGCUGGGAAUCAAGGUAAAAUGUCAUUGGUAGAAGCAAAGAAACAAAACCUUAUGCCUGACGAUAGUGCAUAUCUGUUGUUGGAAGCCCAGGCUGCUACAGGCUACAUCAUUGACCCAAAGACUAACCAGAAGCUGACAGUAGAGGAGGCUUGUGCUAAGGGAGUAGUGGACAUCAGAGACAGACAGAGGUUAUUGGUAGCAGAGGCUGCAGCUGUGGGAUACGAUCAUCCUAGCUCAGACAGGCCUCUCUCAGUAUAUGAGGCCAUGAAGAAGGGAAUAAUCGACAGGAAAACUGCACUACGCUACCUGCAGGCCCAGGAGUCGGUGGGUGGAAUUUUAGAUCCCAUCCUAAGUGUCUUCCUUCCAAAAGAAAUUGCUAUGAAACGCAAUCUUUUAGAUGAAACGCUCUGUCAUGCUUUAAAACUGAACCCUGCUUGUUACCUUGACCCAGAACCUGAGCAUGAUGUCAGUUAUGGAGUUUUGAAGGGAAGAUGCUUCAAAGAGUCUAACACUGGCUUACAAUUUCUGCAAAUCUCUGAACAUUUGGACGCCUCCAAGUUAGUCUUUGAUGGUGUCCGUAAGACAGUCACAGCAGAGCAGUUGCUUGAAAGUGGGGUCUUAGAUAAGUCAACAUUCCACCAACUAAUAAAAGGGGAAAAAUCUGUCCAAGAGGUGUCUGUUGAUAAAAAGCUAUUUUUGAAGGGGACUGGGUCAAUUGCUGGUGUUGCAAGUGGACCUUCAAACAAAAUGUCCUUGUCAGAGGCAAAGAAACAAAAAAUCAUGAGUUCUAAUUGUGCUGACAUGCUACUUGAUGCCCAGGCAGCUACUGGCCACAUCAUUGACCCAAAAACAAAUCAGAAACUAACAGUAAAAGAAGCAUGUGCCAAGGGACUUGUGGCGAAAGAGGAUGAAUCUAGGUUGUUUGCAUUUGAAGCUGCAGCAAUAGGUUACAGAGGCCCAAAUACAUCCAAGGCUUUGUCAGCAGGCCAGGCCCUGAGGAUUGGAUUAAUUGACAAGGACACAACACUACGUAUACUUCAGGCUCAAGAAUCUGUAGGGGGGAUUUUGGAUCCCGCUCUUAGUGUGUUUAUACCCAAAGACAUUGCUUUGGGUCAGGGUCUCAUAGAUGAGGCCCUAUACCAUGCCUUAAAUCAGUGUCCUAAAUGCUAUUUGGACCCAGCCACCCAACAAGCAACUACCUAUGUAUCUCUGAAGAAACAAUGCAAAGUUGAUCCAACUACAGGUCUCUUGUUUCUUCCUGAACCUAAAAAGCCCUUAACUGUACAGGGGCUCAGAGGCCAGGUGUCAGUCAAAGAUCUGGUAGAUGCAAAUCUGCUGGAAGUGUCUGUAAUGGACCAACUAAGUGAGGGCAGAUUGACAAGCCAGGAAAUCGAAAACCGCCUGCGCUCUUACCUGAGAGGAUCUACCUGCAUAGCAGGAGUUUAUGAUGAGGCCAGCGAUAAAGUGAUGCCUAUCUAUCAAGCCAUGAAAGAUGAACUGUUGCGACCUGGGACCACUCUAGAACUGCUUGAGGCCCAAGCUGCCUCUGGCUUUAUAGUCGAUCCUGUCAACAACCUGUUUUUGACUGUUAGUGAUGCCUAUAAUAAAAGACUCGUUGGGCCAGAAUUUAAAACUAGUUUGUUAGCUGCAGAGAGGGCUGUGACUGGUUACAAACUGCCCGGAACAGACAAGAUUAUCUCCCUGUUUGGGGCUAUAGAGAGAGGUCUAGUGGAAAAGGGCCAUGGCAUCCGUUUACUUGAGGCUCAGAUUGCCAGUGGCGGUAUCAUUGACCCUGAACAUAGCCAUCGUAUCGAUGUGAAUGUUGCCUACAAGAGAGGUUACUUUGAUGAAAACAUGAACAAGAUCCUUACAGAUGAGAGUGAUGAUUCCAAAGGUUUCUUUGACCCGAACACAGAGGAAAACUUAACUUAUCUGGAGCUGAAGAAACGCUGUAUCACAGAUAAGAACACUGGCCUGAUCCUUUUGCCUAUUAUAGACCAGAAAAAGUUAGAGUCAACUCAGAAAAACACUCGGAGAAAGAGGAGGGUGGUAAUCGUGGACCCAGAAACAAAUAAAGAGAUGACAAUACGUGAAGCAUAUAACAAGGGGUAUAUUGACCAUGAUACCUUCCUGGAACUAUCCGAGCAGGAGUGUGAAUGGGAGGAGAUCACCAUCACUGCUCCAGAUGGUUCGAAACGGUUUCUUAUCAUUGACAAGAAGGCUGGAAUACAGUAUGACAUUGAUGAUCUCCUUGAAAAGGGAGUAAUUAGUAAGUCAGAUAUUGAUAAGUACCGCUCCAAUAACAUCACCCUCACUCAAUUAGCAGAUAUCAUCACUGACCAAACCAGACAUGGCUGUUCAUUAGCAUCAAGGGCAUCAGCAGCUUCAGUUACAUCUUCAGUGAUGUCAUCAUUAACUUCAAGAAAAUCAGAAUCAUCAGGUCCAUCUUCAGUGAUGUCAUCAUCACCCUUUAGAACAUCAGAAUCCUCAGGUCCAUCUUCAGUGAUGUCAUCAUCAACCUUAAGAACAUCAGAAUCCUCAGGUCAGUCAUCAGGAAUAUCAUCAUCAUCAGUUGUGCAACGACCUUUGUCCCCUACUCUUGCCAAAAUGACCACAACAAGAACCACCACUAUCACAGAGCGGAGUGCGACAGUCAGCAGUGCUACCCAAGACUUUCCUGACUCCCUUAAGCAAACAUCCAGUGUGUCUUUCACUCUUGCGUCUCCUGUUGAGGCAGUGGGGGAACAGGAACCUGUGGGUGCCAUCUUUGACACAGAAAAUGUUGAGAAGAUCUCCAUCAUGGAAGCUCUAAAUCGUGGUCUGGUGGAUUCAAUCACAGCCCAGAGACUGUUGGAAGCCCAAGCAUGCACUGGAGGUAUUGUCAAUCCUUCAAAUGGUCAAAGGGUGGGCAUCCAAGAAGCUUCUCGUCUUGGCAUAAUAAGUGAUGACAUGGCCUCUAACCUUAAGCCUGCACAGAAAGCCUACUUUGGCUUUGAGGAUGUAAAAACAAGGAGGAAAAUGUCUGUUGCCGAAGCCUUGAAGGAGAUGUGGCUGCCAUAUGAGGCAGGACAGAGGUUCAUGGAGUUUCAGUUUGUGACAGGGGGGCUGUAUGACCCAGAAGCUGACUGUAGAAGAUCUAUUGAAGAUGCUUUGAAAAUGGGCUGGCUGGAUAUGAGAUCACUCCAGAAGCUCCAAGACAUCAGACACCACUCAAAGAUCCUUACCUGCCCCAAGAGCAAACUCAAGAUCUCCUACAAGGAGGCUCUGGAUAAUUGCAUGGUGGAGGAAAGCAGCGGGGUGAAGAUGCUCCAGGCAUCGUCUGUGUCUUCAAGAGGGAUUAGCAGUCCAUACAAUGUCUCCUCUGCCCCAGGAUCCACCUCAGGCUCGAGAAGCGGUUCAAGGCGAACCUCCCGCAGAAGCAGCAUGGACCUGGGCUCCUCCUCCUCGCUAUCUGCUCACUAUAGUCAUACUAGCUUCGCCAGCUAUACCAGCAAAUAAAGUUCUGCAGGAUGCAUGCAUGAAUUUCAAUUUAUUUGAAAAUGAUUGAGUUAAUGAAAGAAAAGUGUGUGAUGUGUUAAGAAGAAGAAUACAAAUUUUACAUUUUUAGGUUUUAGUUUUGGUAUUGCUGUGCCUUUAAAGUGCUAAUUCAAAUGAUGCUACCAAUGUAUUUUGUGAAAAGGGACAAAGUAUUACUGCAAAUUAGUGACAAUGGAAAAUUGAGUGUAUGUUAUUUGAAUUAAAAUGGGCUUUAAACUAAAGGCCAAAUGCUUACAUACACAUAUUUCAUAUAUAUUUUUAGAAUCUUUAUUCAAUGUAACUGCUUUUUUUUCAAGGCCUUGUAUUGGUAACAUACGGUUAGGGAGGCAUGUUUACAUUUAUUUGCUAAAAAAAAGCCUGUUUUUUGUGAGGGUAAUGCAUGGUUGGGUUGCAUAUAUGAGCUACUAUACUUAACUUACUCUACUUUGAAUGUCAAUCAUUGGUUUCUUGCAUUUUAGUAAUUCCAGUUUUGUAACAUUUCGCAUUUCGCAAUAAAAACUAACCCCUGAGUUUCAA